AUGGGCGCCCUGGCACAAUACGCCCUACUGGAAACUGCUGCCAGUGCACUAAAGCCCUCCUCCCUUACGUUUGAGACUGCUGCUGCUCUCCCCGUCGUUGGCCUCACUGCCCUUCAAGCCGUGAGAGACUGUGCCGGCCUGCCACUCCCUGCAUCCAAACUGAGUGCGGAGCAUAAUGGCAGUAACAGCGCUAUUUCUGGUACCAGCACCAGCAGGAGCGAUGGCAGUGGGUACAGCGCACGAGUGCUGGUGGCGAAUGCAUCAGGGGGAGUGGGGCAUCUGGUAGUGCAGCUGGCAAAGGCAGCAGGGGCACACGUGACUGCCACUGUCGGCGCUCGCAACCUCGCCUUCGCACGGAACGUGCUUGGAGCAGACGAGGUGUUUGACUACAACUCAACUGCAGGGAAACAGCUCUUCCUUUCCCCACCCCUUACCCCUUCGCCGGCUCUCAGCCUCUCUGCUCCUGCUGCUGCACAGGUUGCGUCGUCCUCUGAUCCACCUAUCACUGGGCUGUACGAUGCAGUAUUAGAUUUCUCCCCCAACAGCCUGCCUGUCUCUGCGGUGGACAGGGUUCUGCGUCCCCAAGGGAGGUGGGUGCAUGUGGAGCUUCCGCCCUCUCUGCUCGCUCUGGGACUGUGGCGCCGCCUUGCUUGUCGCCCCAGGAGGCUGUGGCCUGUGAUGAUGGAGAUGCUGGAGAGCAAGGGGGCGGAUCUGGAGGUGCUGGGGAGGAUGGCGGAGGAGGGGAAGGUGAGGGUGGUGGUGGAGAGCAGUGUGGCGUUUGAAGAGGCGAGAGAGGCAUGGCGGAGGAGCAUGGGAGGGCAUGUGACAGGCAAGGUGGUGGUUAGGAUGGAGUGA